GUUUUCGUGUAUUUGUAUUUGUGUGUGGCCGCGACAGUGCAUCUUUAGAAGAAGUAUGAAUAAUAGUCGGUGUUUUUUAAAAUGUGGAAAAGUGUUGGCGUGAUAUUAUUUUAUAUUUUAGCGUUUUUACUUAAUAAACAUGACUGCCGGUGAAUUAAAAAUUACGCGAAAUUGUUCAAGUGAUACUUUGAUUAGAGGAUAAUUCCCGAAAUGGAACAAGUUACUGGUCAGAUUGGACAUACCAUGGAAACGAAAUAGCCACGUUCGAAACAUGUCCGUCCACUAUACAGAUCCAGUUUCCUAUUAAGUAGUGUCAGAGAAGUACACCAUGGGCAAACGAUUAUAUAACCUGGCAGAUUUAGAUCAAUCCAUGGAUAUGCUAGUCAUCACCUUAAGAACUGUGAUCCGCUAUGGGAACAGUUUUAUCAAGAUUGAGGGUACUAUGAUUACGAUGGAGUGCCAGCCAGGAGGGCAUAAUGCGCACCUGGGGCACUCCAUGAUGAUCGAUCCUUCUUCGGGAAUGAUGCACCAACAGGAGCAGGAACACAAAAAGAAAAAAGACUCAUCUCAUGUGGGUUCGUCUACGGGUGACGGCCACGGGGGUGUAAACCAACUGGGCGGUGUGUUCGUCAACGGACGACCGCUCCCCGACGUUGUACGUCAGAGAAUUGUCGAGCUGGCGCAUAACGGCGUUCGACCCUGUGAUAUUUCUCGACAAUUAAGAGUAUCUCAUGGAUGCGUAUCCAAAAUAUUGUCCAGAUAUUAUGAAACGGGUAGUUUCAAAGCUGGCGUAAUAGGAGGCUCAAAACCAAAGGUAGCAACACCCCCGGUGGUGGACGCAAUAGCGAAUUAUAAACGCGAAAACCCCACCAUGUUUGCCUGGGAAAUCAGGGACCGGCUACUAGCCGAAGGGAUUUGUUCCCAAGACAACGUGCCCAGCGUGUCAUCGAUCAACAGGAUAGUAAGGAAUAAGGCGGCAGAAAAAGCGAAGCAUGUCCACCAAGUGUCCGUUAGUGGCGCUGGUGGUGGUGGCGGUAGCGGAGGCCCCGUUUCGGUCAUCGCCCAUGCACCUUCAACGCAGCUUUCCGAACCCAGGACGGGAGCGUAUAGUAUAAAUGGCAUACUGGGCUUACAACACGACCCCAACGGAAAUAGCAUAAAAAGGAAACGAUUAGAGGACCAUGAUGAGAAUCGAGAUAUCAAUGGUCAUCAGGAUGACGAAAUUAAGAGGCAGAGAUCGCAGUAUAAUGGAGAUCAGCUUUAUUCGAAUUUAUGGUCAAGUAAAUGGGGCAUCAAAGAGGAACAUAAGCUCCUGUCGGAGCUUGGUGGUCCAGGAUCUGGAGUCAAUCAGACGGGAUACUACGACACCCAUGGCGGUUUCUCAGCGGUCGGUCCGGUGUCUUCUGCGACAGACCUUUACGACAGUAUUAGUACCAUGAGUCAAGCGACAUCCCAAAAUAUCUACCCCAUCGCGGGAUCGUUAGCCCCAAUCGCUAUGCAUGAAAUGAAGGUUGAAGCAACUCGGAUGCUAGAGCCUGCUUUGUCGCCGUAUCGUACAGCCGAAACUAAUUCGCCGUACAGUGGCGUAGUUGGUAUGGGAACGGCGGUGGACGGGGCUUCCCCUGGCCUGCCACUGGCCGUUCCUGCCGAACCCAGCAGUCAGCCCACUUCGCACACGGGAUCGCCCGAUCCCGCAGCCUUAACCGUACUACAACCCUCUAGUGGGACCUCACAGCAUUACUCUACCAUGCUGCCCAACUUUGGCUAUUCCACAGGAGCAACAACGGUUGUGCCAGGGUCGGACUACGCUUACAGCACCGCCUACAGUCAAUACGGGGCUACAUAUGGGAAUUAUGGGUACGGGAGUGCAUCCAGCGGGUUGCUCAAUCCGGCAACAUAUUACUACACAACUAACGAAAAUGUGGUAAAUUCCGGUCCUGAACUAAACGGUCAGCAGCCGACCAGCGCAAGCAACCCCGAACAAAGUAGUAGAUCACCGCUCGCGGCCACCAGGGCGAAUUCGCUGGCGUCGGCAAACUCGCCCACGGACAGCGGCAGUGCCUGCUUGAAGUCCGAAGUUUUAUUCACCACCGAUCUAGACCUUGCCUAAGAAAAAAGUUUUUUUUGUGGGCAAAACAGAAACAUUAUUUUGAAUGAAUGAAAAACAAACCACUGUAAAAUACCAACCCCAUGAAAAACCUUUAGCCCGUACGUAGUUUAAUUAUUACAGUAAUAAUAAUAACAAUAAUAUUUUAAUUACCUAUGUACGUAUUAUAUACAUUGUAGAUAAAAAAAAGAUAGAGCAGUAACUACGCUGUAAAAUAUGUCAAGGCUUCUUCGAAUAACUUUACGUUUUUUUUUCGUUCUUUCGAUUAAUUAUGAUUAUUAUAUUAUUAUGUUAUUAUUAAUUUUUGUCCAAGUCUGUCAACUUUUAUUAUUAUUGUAUUAUCGAACUGAAUCAAUUUUCACGGACACUUACAAUCCGUCGACUGUUCAGAAGGAAAAAAAAGGAAGAAAAAAAUGACGUAUUGUGGUCUCAAAUGCAUGACUAUUUACCUAUGUAUUAUUAUAAACGUCCCUUCUUAUUUAUUUAAUUUAAGCCCUUGAGUUACUAAUUUUUAAGAUUUUUAUUAUUUUAGUACUUUAUAAGACACCAAAGAUCUGUCUAUAGAUACAUAAAUUUUGCACUUUUAAUCAUAUCAAAUAUGGCAGUGAAAAACUU